UCUCUCUUCCUGCAUCAGCCCCCCUGCUUCCUCUAUUUUCCUUUUCUACUUUCGCCUUUUCAAUUUCGUUCUCAUUGUUUAUUACAUGCUUAUGGGAAUUCAAUUGCGCAAAAUCAUAGAUAGAUAGAAAGAGAGAGAAAGAGAGAGAGAGAUUAUUUCUGUGUCCGCCAUUGUUGAAGGAUGCAGUGCUGUUGUAAGAAGAAGAAAGAGCCCAAACCAGAGGAUGCAGCAUCAAACAAUUGUAAUACAGUACCACCUCGUGGAGUACCUUAUGGUGGAGGAGGCAGCAUGAGAGAGCCAAGAGCUGCAAAGACAGGAGGUCCUCAGAAAGCCUUGCCGAUUGAAGCACCAUGCUUGACAUUGGAUGAGCUGAAUAAGAUGACAGAUAAUUUUGGUUCAAAAGCUUUGAUUGAAGAAGGCACAAAUUGUCGGGUUUUCUACGGAAAGCUAAGCGAUGGGGAAGAAGUAGUCAUAAAGAAGCUGGAUACCAGCACUUUGCCAGACCCCGACACCGAUUUCACAGAACAGAUAUCCAUGAUUUCAAGACUUAAAGAUCCGUAUUUUUCUCAAUUACGCGGUUAUUGUCUGGAGAAAAAUAAUCGAAUCUUGCUAUAUGAAUAUGCAACCAUGGGUUGUUUGCAUGAGAUCUUGCAUGGGAAUAAGAGUGGGAAUGUUCUGGACUGGGGCCAGAGAGUUAAGAUUGCUUAUGGUGCAGCAAGAGGUCUUGAAUAUCUACAUGAAAAGGUUCAGCCUCCAAUAGUUCAUCGUGACAUAAGGUCCAGCAACGUGCUAGUUUUUGAUGAUUAUGAAACCAAAAUAGCCGAUUUCGGCUUGAGCAAUGUAUCUUCUGAAAACGCAGCUCGGCUGCACUCAACAAGAGUUUUGGGUACUUUUGGCUACCAUGCUCCUGAAUAUGCAAUGACAGGACAGCUAACACAGAAGAGCGAUGUGUAUAGUUUUGGGGUGGUUCUUUUAGAACUUUUGACAGGAAGGAAACCGGUGGAUCACACAAUGCCCAAAGGACAACAGAGUCUUGUUACUUGGGCAACUCCAAGAUUGAGUGAGGACAAAGUGAAGCAAUGUGUUGAUCCCAAAUUAAACAAUGAUUACCCUCCAAAGGCAGUUGCUAAGUUGGCAGCAGUUGCGGCAUUGUGCGUCCAAUAUGAGGCAGAUUUUCGGCCAAAUAUGACAAUUGUGGUGAAAGCAUUGCAGCCACUUCUCACCUCCAAACCAGCAAGCUGAGAAAGGAUCAAUCUUGACCUUUGUGAAUAUUAUUAGACCAGCAAGCAGGAACCAGGUUGGUUGGUCGGUUGGUUUGUGUAACCAAAAACGACAAUUUUGUUGCUAAGAUAACGAUAAACACAACUAAAAAAUCCCAUGUAUCCAAAGUUUUUCAUUUGAUUGUUUUCUUCAGCAUAUGUAACAACAAUCUUGAUGCAUCUGCAUGUUUACUACAAUAAUAGAUUAGAUGAACCCAGUGUUGGUGUUGUUCUAAAUUCCUGCAACUUAAUUCUCAUUUGGUUUGAUACAAUCUAUACAUGUAAUUUAGGAUAUCAACUAAAACGAAUUUAAAGAUUUUGAACCCAGCCUUCCU